UGAAACUCAAUUCAUCUUACCACUCCAGUUCCCUUAAAGAACUUUCAAGAUUUUCCACUCAUGGGCUGCUCAAAGGAGCAACUGAUGACCUAUUUAAAGGAUCUCCAAAUUGAUUUUGAACAAUAUGAGCACCCUGUUGUAUUGACUGUUGAUACUCAGGAAAAUAUGUUGGACAUUUGAAUGAUGCACUGAGUAAAAAUCUGUUCUUGAAGGAUAAGAAGCAUAGAUUUUAUAUUGUUUCUGCAUUGGCAGACACCAGAAUAGACUUGAAAAUUCUAGCUCAGAGGCUCGGAUUGGGAAAAGGAGGUUUGAGGAUGGCCCCGGAGGAUUCACUGACAGGGAUACUUCAGGUAUGUGUUACUCCAUUCACGCUUUAUAAUGAAUCUGCAAGGGAUGUCUCUUUAUUAUUAGACCAAGGGAUGAGAAUAAAGGAGCGUUGCUUCUUCCACCCACUUUCUAUUGAUGUGAGCAUUGCUAUUAACACAAGUGAUCUUGAUAAGUUUUUGAGUUCAAUUGGAAAGCCAUCAAACUAUGUUGAUCUGGAUGAUAACCCACCAGUCGGGAAGGAUCAACCUCCUGAUCUUGCUAAUGUUGUUCCAUCUGAUGUCCCGACACUGCCUGAUAAUAUGGAGAAGUCAGCUACCUCAGUGGUUCCUGAGAAGAAGGAUCAUGUUGCUGCCGAUAUAAAAGCAGAGGUUAAACCAAAAAAUGCCAAGGCAGCUAAUAAUUCUAAGAAAGAUACUUUGAGUAAUUCACUGGGCUCUGCACCUACUUUUAUUGACCCCAAAAAAUUCGUUGAAGACAUCCUUGGAAAGGUGUCGAAUGUAGUUCUUUGCGAGGUCAACAAUGAGAAUAUCAACCAGUAUGGUGACCAACUUGGCUCUAUAGUUUCAAACAAUAUCAAGAGGCACCUUAGAGCUGAAAUGCAAAACAUUGUUACAAUGUUCAAGAACACUGCAUACACAGAUGGGUUUCAUGCCGGCAUCCACAGUCAACGUAAUCGAAUGUAAAUGUGUUUCUAAUG